UAGAUUUCUGCAAAAGAUGUCAGAGACAACAAAGGCAGCUGCAAGGAAAGAAGAAAAAACAGAAGCAGUAGCUGCAGGCGGUGCAGUCAUAAUAAUAAGAACAGACUCACUCACUCAUUCACAGCACAUAGAGAAAUAGAGAGGAGGUGGCAGUGCGAGCCAGAACAAGGAUAUCAUCAGAGCCAUUAGUAUCUAUUUAUCCAUCUCUCUUAUCUAUCAUCCAUGCACAGAAGAAGAUUCUGCCCUUUGGGAGAAAAAAGAAAAAACUAUCAAUCAGCCCCAACAUAUAGAACCAAUCCUCUCCCUUUUUCUGUCUUUGUUUGAAGUCUGUUGAGCUCUUGUUCUUUAUUUAUCAGAGUGUAGAAGAGAAACUUAUAUUCUUCUCUUUUGUCUGAAUCACAAGAAUGAUGAAUACUGCAAGAAAUAGGCCUCCUUUCACAGCUUCUCAGUGGCAAGAACUUGAACAACAAGCUCUUGUUUUCAAAUACAUGGUCUCAGGGACACCGAUCCCACCUGAUCUCAUUUACUCCAUCAAAAGAAGCCUAGACUCAUCAAUAUCUUCAAGGCUUUUUACUCACCAUCCCGGUGUGGGAUGGGGAUGUUUUGAGAUGGGUUUUGGGAGAAAAAUUGACCCAGAGCCAGGAAGGUGCAGAAGAACAGACGGCAAGAAAUGGAGAUGCUCAAAGGAAGCAUACCCAGAUUCAAAAUACUGUGAAAAACACAUGCACAGAGGAAGAAACCGUUCAAGAAAGCCUGUGGAAGUUCCUUCAUCAACAAGCAGCAUUACCACAAACACCUCGCAAGCAAUCUCAUCAUAUAGCCUUAACAGAGGCCUUUCCAUGAUGAGCAACAACCCAAACAACAACACCCCCUCAAUCUCUUCUUCUUUCCCUUUCUCUGAAUCAUCAUCCCAGUAUCCUUACCAAAAUUCUUCUCUUAAUCCCUUCUUUUACACCAACUCAACCUCUACGAGACCUCCUGAUUCUGAUUUCUCAUCUCAUAGCAACACUACCCAUCAGCUAUUUUUGGACUCUGGAUCUUAUUCCCAGGACGAGAAAGACUACAGAAAUAUUCAUGUGGACGAAAGGGCAUUUUUCCCAGAAGCUUCAGGGUCAGCUAGAGGCUUCCCUGACUCGUACCACCAAUUAUCUAUGGGCUCCUACAAUAAAUCCUAUUCAAACUCUCACCAGUUUCAAAGCCUCAAUGAUAAUGACAGUAAUCCAAGGCAACAAGAAGAAGAGCAACAUUGUUUUAUUCUAGGCACUGACUUCAAAUCACCCAGACCAGGCAAAAGCGAGAAAGACACUGGUACUGAAACUACCCAGAGACCACUUCACCACUUCUUUGGGGAUCAGUGGACUCAAAAGAACACGGAUUCUUGGCUUGAUCUUGCUUCCAACUCCAGAAUUCCCACAGAUGAAUGACGUUUUGGUCAUGUGUGAUAGUGGAUACGGCCAGGAGAGAGAUAAAGAGCGCGCGCGCGAGAGAGAGAGAGAUGGUGAUAAAGAUGAAAGGUCUGGUGGCUAGGGGAGCUUACCUUUGAUAAAGCAGAGAUGUUUAUUAUGGAGGAAUGUGGGGGGCCACACAUGGAUUUGUGUCUUUACUUUAGGUUGAUAUCUAAAUAUACUUUCUUGCUUCCCUCUGAAGAAAACAUGUCUCAUAUUUGCCAACUGUGUGUGUGUGGUGAGGUUUGUUUGACUGAGAGUGAGUGGACUGGAGGGAAAUUAAAGGAAGGAAGCAUCUUCAGUUUGUAGUU